AUGUUAUCACCAGCAAACACAAACACAGGCCUAAACGUGAUCGCCCUAAUAUCCGGAGGAAAAGACUCCCUCUACUCCCUCCUCCACUGCCUCUGCAACGGCCACAAAGUAAUCGCCCUAGCAAACCUCCACCCCGCCCCCGAUGCCCAAACAGAAGACCUCGACAGCUUCAUGUACCAAACCAUCGGCCACAAUGUAAUCCCGCUGUACGAAUCCGCCCUGGGUAUCCCGCUUUACCGCGCCCCUAUCUCAGGCGGCGCAGUCGACACAGCUCGCAUCUACCGCUCCGAUGCAGAGGACCAGAUGGCCGAGUCCGUCGCUGAAGAUGAAACGGAGUCGUUGGUUCCGCUUCUCAGGCGCGUGAUGCGCGCCCAUCCUGAGGCGAAUGCGCUCUCUGCUGGGGCCAUCUUGUCGACGUAUCAGCGGACGAGGAUUGAAAAUGUUGCGGCGCGGUUGGGGCUCUCCCCGCUGGCGUGGUUGUGGAUGUAUCCUGAGCUUCCGGCACCCGGGGAGAGGAGGGGGUUGGCUACGCAGGCUGGGCUGUUGGAGGAUAUGGCUGCUGUUGGGUGUGAGGCGAGGAUUAUUAAGGUUGCUUCUGGGGGGUUGGAUGAGGGGGCACUUUGGGGGGAUGUUUCGAGUAAGGAUGGUGUUGUGAGAAAGAGGGUGGAGAGGGGGAUGAGGAGGUUUGUUACUGGGGGGGAUAUUAGUGGGGCAGUUUUGGGGGAGGGGGGUGAGUAUGAGAGCCUUGCGAUUGAUGGGCCUGGAUUUCUUUGGAAGGCAAGGAUUGAGAUUGAGGAGAGGGAGGUGUGUACCGGUGAGGGAGGCGUUGGGUUUGUGAGGUUGAGGGGGGCGAAGUGUGUAGCUAAAGAGGAUGGGUUGGAUAUGCGGCCGGAGGAUGUGAGACGGCCGGCGUUGCUGGAUGAGACGUUUGCUCGGGUUUAUGAUGGGUUGUUGCCAUUGAGGGUUCUGGAGGCCCCCUCUGUGAAACCGAGGGAUUCGGCUGCGUGGCGCCUGCCAGAGGUCUCUCAGUCGAGGAAUGGUGGGACUUGGGCUGUUUCCAAUAUCACUGCGCCUGAGGCGGGCCCUGGCGCGGGCGAGCAGAUGGAGGUCAUUGCAGAGAAGAUACGGGGGAUUCUAGAUGCUACUGGUACGCGGAUGGCGGCGGAUAUUGUCUUUGCUACUGUUUUGAUUCGCUCUAUGGUGGAUUUUCCGUUGAUGAACAAUAUCUAUGUUUCGCUUUUCAAGAAGCCAAACCCUCCCGCGAGAGCUACUGUGGCCUGCGGGGACAGUCUCCCCGAAGGGGUCAAGAUCAUGGUCUCGCUGGUCGUCGAUUUAGGUUCUAGGGAUCUACGGCAAGGCCUCCAUGUUCAGUCCCGGUCAUACUGGGCUCCGGCCAAUAUUGGGCCGUAUUCACAGGCCAUGUCCAUCCCAACAAACACAUCAGAGCGGCUGGUGUACAUCGCUGGUCAGAUACCUCUGGAGCCAGCGUCGAUGAAUAUAGUCGCUGGGCCUCAGCCAUGGCUUGAAAGCUACUCCUUGCGAGCUGUGUUGGCUUUGCAGCACAUGUGGAGGAUCGGGGCCGCCAUGCAGGUUGACUGGUGGCUGGGAUCAGUUGCGUACCUGACAGGGGACCACAUCGGCGCUAAAGCUCAAGUAGCAUGGCAUCUGUGGGAGACGAUGCAUGCCCAGCACACGGAUUCAGACGGGGAAGACGAAGAGCCAACUUUGGAUGCUUGGGAUAUAAAGUAUGGGGGACGAGCUCACGAACAACCGAUCAAGCCUGAAGCGGCUGCUUUGCCUAAUAUGUCCAUUGUGCAGUCGGACGUAUUGGUUCCUCCAUUCUUUGCCGUUCAGGUGGCUGAACUACCCCGAGGUAGCGAUGUCGAAUGGCAGGGCCUGGGUUACCGAUGUGGUGGCCUGAAGAUGGUUGCAGAAGAUUUGGACGUUGGUCGCAAGAUCGACACUAUCACCGAGAAUCUGCGCUACACAGGAAUCGAAAUUGACGAAUUUGACUCUGACUUGGACUCAUGUUUGCAGCAUAUCCUCGACAGAUACUCCGCGCGAUCUGUUUCGCAUGCAAUCCUCUACACGGCACAGCCGCUGUUCGGGAACUUUUGGCCGGGCCAGGUUGUGCCUUGCAUGUCAGUAUGGGGCCAGAAAGGGCGGCAAUUAGCGGCUGGGAUCAUCCUCCAGACGCAUAACCCCACGGACGCGCGGACCUCCACCGAUCUCCGACAACUUACCCGGUCGCCACACCCGUAUCAUCGCAAAGGCUCCAAGCGCUCCGAACCGCAUUUGCUGCCUACAGAAUGCGGCGACCGACCAACCCCCACUUACUGGCCGAAAACGUCAAGUGAUAGCGGUACCGAGGCAGAUGAUGAGAGUACGGGAUUUUUAAAAGGACUUCCGGCGCCCCCGCUUCGACAUCGGAAAGGAUUGCGUUCGAAUUUGAACGGUGCCGCGGAUCAGCAUGACUUGUGGUUACCGCUGUUGCAACCGUGGCCCUCGUUAACACGGUCAACGUCCCGGAGCUCACGACGGAGCUCCAGUGAGGAUACAGGAGCUAGGAGGGUAGAUUUGCGAGGGAAGGCCGGGAAAAAGCGUGUUGAGAUUUUGCAGAGGCUGUUGGAGACUGGUCUGCUAUUAUCCGUGGGCGCGGUUGUGCUGUUGCAGGAGAGCGCGAGGUCACUUGCCUGGGCUUGGAGGAAAGAACUGCUUGCCCAUGCUCUUCUUGUCACCGGACUGUACGCAGCUUACCCACUAAGGAGAAAUGGACGCUUACGACUUUCGGGACUAUACUCCUUCACCAUCCCAACCAGAUUCGAUCCCGCACCGCUCCUUUAUCCGAUUCUGAUACCCAUAUACACAUCGUUAUCCUUGUCCCGUAGUAGCCCUGCGUUAAUACUACUAAACGUCCUCCUUAGCCUUUCGUGUCUGCCGGCCCCGGUCAUUCCACUACGUGAGUGGAUGCACGGCCACAGUGUCAUCCAUUGGUUGGUGACGUUGAUACCCAUUAUUGUCUCGGAGCAUGUUUCUGACGAUCAUGCAAUACCCAAGCCUCUCACGCUUCGCGGCCUCAAUUCUGAAGUUUUGACUCUUGUUUUUCCGUUGCAUCAAGCAUUGAUACCCACUCUAGAUUUCUUAUUAACUACCAGUGUUCUUCCAGCAGAAUUGCAGCUUUUGACGAGCGCUCUUGUGAAUCUAUUUUUGUUUGCAAGCUCCCCACAGGCAGAAAUCCUUAAGGCGCUGUUGUGGCUAGGCGGCUUGUGCAUUUUUAUCUCCUGUCGGCAUGUCCUCCGCUGGGAGGUCGCUCUAGCUAGGAUCCCCAGCUGGAAAUUCAGACGGUCGCCCAGUGGUUCGCAAUCACGGAAGAAUCUUCUGUACGUUAUCGACCAUAAACUUUGCCAGAGACUGAGCCGGACUGGCUCUUCCGAGGAUGCCAUGUCAGACAGCGAAUCCGAGGCUCACAUAGCACCAAAUUCGCGCCGAACAACGCAAGAGUUCCGAGAGAAAGCUCUAUCUGGCGAAGGGGCUGAGAAGGUUCUCCAAAAUGGUCGACAGCACGCGGCGCAUAGAAGACGACAUACUAUCUCCAGCGUGGAGGAGGUUGCGCAUCCGGAGCGCAUCAGAACAACCCCCAGUGGCCGACGGAAACGAUCGAUGGCUCCUGGUCUGGCAUCCUUCCUGUCGCUGACCGUACCACAAGCACAGGUGCGGAAAUGGUUAUAUGCCCUCUACGUGUACAUGGCCGUGGCGAUCGUCAUCAUAGGCCCAGUGCGAAAAUACGUGGGCGACCGCGCAUUGCAUGGGGAGGAUCCCUUUGGGUGGGCUUUGAGUUACCUACUGGGAAACAUCUCCUGGUUCAGAUUCUGGGUGUUCAUGUGGAACCUGGAGUACUGGAUUCCUCUUCCUACUCGCUCGGACGAGAUGGAGUGUUCGCUCGGAUGGAUGGAGUGUCUCCGGAAAAACUCCUUUGGGGAAGCCAACACACGUCUUUUGAUUGCUGCUCACUGCAUCGUAGUGCUUGUGACCGGCUUGGGGGUUGUCUUCCAGCUGAGCUCCAUCGUGGAAGUGGAUACAAGGCGCAAGGUCUUCCACGGGAUGAUGGUGUUGAUGUUUCUUCCGAGCAUAUAUGUUGACCCUGCGUUUUGCGCUCUCGCGCUGGCUUUGGUCCUGUCCAUUUUCCUCCUCUUAGAUCUUUUCCGAGCCUCUCAAAUGCCGCCGAUUUCUCGACCAUUGACUUAUUUCCUUGCGCCCUAUGUCGACGGCCGUGACCAUCGGGGACCUGUCAUCAUCUCCCACAUCUUCCUUCUCAUCGGAUGUUCUAUCCCACUGUGGCUUUCUUUGGCGGAUAUUGCCCGAUUGGAAGACCAACCGUGGGGCGCGUGGAACGUCCAAUCCCGGGAGGUCAGUAUGGUCAGCGGAGUGGUCUGUGUCGGUCUAGGCGAUGCAGCUGCCUCCCUGGUGGGUCGUCGUUUUGGUCGGCGUAAAUGGUUUUGGGGUGGAGGAAAGUCCCUUGAGGGUAGUGUGGCUUUUGCGGGCGCCGUGACCGGGGGGCUAAUGUUUGCCCAGUGGUGGCUUGCCGCGGGCCAGUGGGCUGUGCCUGGGGAGGAUCAACCAUCCUGGUUUUGGACGGGUUGCAAAGCGGUCAUAGCAGCUGCAGGCACUAGUGCGACCGAAGCAAUCCUGACGGGGUGUAAUGAUAAUGUCGUCGUACCGAUCGUGUUGUGGCUCCUCGUCCGAGGACUUGGUCUGUGA